GCCGAUUUGUCUGCCGUACAUCACGUCGUCGAUAUCUUGAAAUUCAGAAAUGGGGCAUUGUUUGCGGGCCACAUUCCUGGCCUUGGCUAUCCUGGUAGCGAUUGCCAGCGUUCAAGGUCAACAUGAUCCUCAUUUCUGGGGUGGCCACAGUGGUAUCGUGCAUCUGUUCGAGUGGAAAUUCUCCGAUAUCGCUCUCGAGUGUGAGCGUUUCUUGGGGCCACGUGGCUUUGGAGGAAUUCAGUUAUCGCCAGUGAAUGAGAAUGUGAUCAUUUGGUUGGGCAGCAAUCGUCCAUGGUGGGAACGAUACCAACCGGUAUCGAACAAGCUUGAGACCCGAUCAGGCAAUGAACAGGAUUUCCUGGAUAUGUCUCGCCGUUGCAACGCUGUUGGAGUUCGAUUGUACGUAGACAUAAUCAUCAACCACAUGGCUGCUCAACCGGGGGUUGGUAUUGGAGGUUCCAUCUCCAAUCCGGGUGAUCGUGAUUUCCCAGCUGUUCCAUUCACCGCACUGGACUUCAACCCUUCGUGUGAAAUUACUGACUGGGGCAAUGCUUGGCAAAUAAGGAACUGCGAAUUGGUUGGACUGCCAGAUCUGGAUCAAAGUCGAGAAUGGGUUCGCGAUAGAUUUGUGGAGUUCUUGGACCAUUUGAUCGACCUUGGAGUCGCUGGUUUCCGAGUGGAUGCAGCCAAGCACAUGUAUCCGCAUGAUAUGGAGGCGAUCUUCAACCGUUUGAAAAAUCUCAACACUGCCUUCGGAUUCGGAACAGGAACACGAGCGUUCAUGAUGCAAGAAGUCAUCGAUGGUGGUGCUCAUGAACCCAUUCGAAAGUAUGAGUACACCCAUCUCGGAACAGUAACCGAGUUCCAGUACUCGUACUAUGUGGGACGUGCAUUCUCUGGAGGUGACGCGCUGACAUGGUUGAGAAACAUUGGAGAAGAAUGGGGACUUUUGCCAUCGAGAGAUGCUCUGGUUUUCGUGGAUAAUCACGAUAACCAACGUGAUCAUGCAUUGACGCAUAAAUCACCCAAGGCGUACAAGAUGGCCACUGCCUUCGCUGCUGCCUAUCCGUUCGGACAACUGCGUAUUAUGAGUUCCUUCUUCUUUGACGACAGAGACCAAGGACCACCACAGGACGGCAACGGUAAUAUCGUUUCUCCGUCGAUCAAUGCUGAUCAAUCCUGCGGAAACGGAUGGGUUUGUGAACAUCGUUGGCGCCAAAUAACGAACAUGAUCAACUUCCGAAACGUUUGCUGGGGAACUCCUAUGACAAAUUGGUGGUCCAAUGGAGACAACAAGAUCGCCUUUGCUCGUGGUAAUUGUGGUUUUGUGGCCUUCAACAAUCAGCAAGGGCAAGACAUGCUUGAAAUUCUACAAACUGGUCUUCCGGCUGGAAUUUACUGCGACGUCAUUUCUGGCAACAAAGACGGACAUUCUUGCACGGGGAAAUCCGUUACUGUGCUUGCUGAUGGUCGUGCCUCUAUUCACAUUCCUCACGACGGCGAAGAUGGUGUUCUGGCUUUCCACAUUGAGUCUCGCAUCUAGACUACCAACUCAACAUAAGACCACAUGAUGUAUUAAAAUGUGGACACAAAUGUCACGAAGAACAAUAGUUUUAAAGCGGGUUUAUUAUAGAA